AUGGGUAGCCAACCACAUGUGCUAGUCAUAGCAUUUCCAGCACAGGGCCAUGUUGCCCCACUUAUGAAGUUGUCACACCAGAUUGUUGAUCAUGGGAUCAAGGUCACAUUUGUUACCACUGAGUUCAUAAAUGCAAGAUUGAUAACUACAAUGCCAGCAAAUAGCCCGAUAAGGCUAGUUUCACUCCCGAACGGUCUAGAACCCAGGGAUGAUCAAACUGAUGCUCUUAAACUGAUAAAUAGUUUUCAAGAAGUUAAGCCAGAUCAUUUCAAGGACUUGAUUGAGAAAAUUAACGAAUCUGAUGAUGAUGAUCGGAUCAUUUGUGUCAUUGCUGAUGUAACAGUUUCGUGGGCAUUUGAUGUUGCUGAGAAGACGGGAAUUCAAAGUGCUGCAUUUUGGCCUAAUGUACCAACAACGUUGGCCCUUAUACUUCUUAUCCCAAAGCUUAUUGAGGAUGGAAUUAUAGAUACUCAAGUCUGCAACUCAUUCUAUGAACUUGACUCGUUGUCCUUAAAUUUAAUUCCUGGGAUCAUACCUGUUGGUCCAUUACUUUCGAGCAAUCAAUUGGAAAAUCAUAUUGGAACUUUUUGGCCUGUGGAUUCAACUUGCCUAAGUUGGCUUGAUAAACAACCUGUGGGUUCAAUCAUUUAUGCUUCCUUUGGUAGCACCUCAACCUUCAACCAACAACAAUUUGAUGAACUAGCAUUAGGACUUGAACUCACAGGCCUACCAUUUUUGUGGGUUAUUCGUUUAGAUAUCGCCAAUGAAGCACUUUCUGAAUUCUUGGAUGGGAUUAGAUUGAGAAUAGCUGAUAGUGGAAAGAUUGUUGAUUGGGAACCUCAAGAGCAGGUGCUAGCUCACCCUUCUAUUGCAUGUUUUAUAAGUCAUUAUGGAUGGAAUUCAACCUUGGAGGGUAUAAGCAUGGGAGUCCCAUUUCUAUGUUGGCCUUACUUUACAGAUCAAUUCCAAAAUAAGAGUUACAUAUGUGAUUUUUGGAAGGUUGGUUUAGGGUUGAACCCAGAUGAAAAUGGGAUUAUCACAAGGCACGAAAUCAACACAAAGAUAAAAGCAUUGCUCUCUGAUGAUGUUAUAAAGACAAAGUCACUAAAGUUGAAGGAAAUGGCUAAAAAGAGUGUUAGUGAAGGUGGAUCUUCUUUUAAGAAUUUUGAAAGCUUUAUUGAACAAAUAAAGCAAAGAGUAGCUCAAUUAAAAGCUAGCUUAAAACGUCCUAGAGUUGAGUCUUCUAUAGGUGACGCAUUUAGAGGUCAUCCUUCUAGUGAUCCUUCAACUGAGGAGUAUGUGGAUCCCACUGCUGUUGUGGAUCCUGAGCCAUCCACAUCUACCACCAUUUCUACUAGAUCUAUGUUGGAGACCGUACUUAUAGUCCAGUCUGCACAUGGACAACUGCUCUUGGACUUGCUCAAUGAGGUUGCUACCUUAGAAGCUGAGCUUGCUGCCACUAGUGGUGCCUCUCCACCAGCUCCACCCUCGGAUCAGCCAUGA